AUUCUGUCGGAGAUCUCUGGAUGGUGGGAGACGAGGGAUGCUCACAAAAAGACCCAUGCAAAGCUUACGAGGAACUGCUCCUAUGGCGGCGCACAUCUAUAUAUAUACGCGUCCCGUUCCCUCGCCGUUCGAGUAUUCGACGAAUUGUUCAACCCCACUAUGAGGAGGCGGAGAGAACGUGCGCUUCGAGGUGGCUAACCUUACACGAGACUCAGCCGGCAAGUUCAUCCAUCCCGACGGCGGAGAUGGCGGCGGCGAUGAGGUGGUAGUGCCGUCGGCGGUGGCAACGAGCAUGACAUCGUCGUUCGAGGAGUACGAGAUGGGGGUGAUGGUGUCAGCGCUAGCGCACGUGCUCGCGGGAGACCGUGGCACCGAUGCGGCGACUGAUAUAUCUGAGUCAACCUCGUGCAUGUUUCCGACGUCCUCGCCACCGUCGUGGGGCGAUCGGGGCGGGCAAAAGAGGGGGAGCGACGACUUCAAGCUUGAGGAUGUGGCCAAGCUCCGCAGAACUGUCGGGGAGUUCGGGGAGUCAUCAUCGACUCCGGCAGCAACGGAACAAACUGCAUCAGCAGCAGCUGCUGCCGCAACAGAAACGGCUACCCGUUCGACCACCGGAGGAACAGAGCAAGCAGGAGCGAGAAGAAGAUACAGAGGAGUGCGGCAACGCCCGUGGGGCAAAUGGGCGGCGGAGAUAAGAGACCCCCACAAGGCCGCCCGCGUCUGGCUCGGCACCUUCAACACCGCCGAGGCGGCCGCCCGGGCCUACGACGAGGCCGCCCUCCGCUUCCGAGGAAGCCGAGCCAAACUCAACUUCCCGGACGAGGCCCGCCAUCGGCAAGCGCCGCCGGUCGCUCCGUCCGUCCGGGCGCCGGACUCCGCCGCUCCCGCAGUGCCGCUGGAGUCCCUCCCGUUCGUCGGUCACGGAGCCACAGCCGUCGCCGUCGCCGCCGCCGCGAGUGACUCCUUGGCCUACGCGAGGCUGCUGCAAGGCGCAGGGGAGUACCAGACGAUGCCUCUCGCUUCUCUCUUGGAUCCAAUGAUGUAUUCCGCGGCUUCUGCUGCUUCCUUGGCCUCCUCCCAUUCAUUGCCUUCAUCUAAUCCAUCCCCGUUUGCAGUUCCUCCUCCUCCUCCUCCUCCACCAUUUCCUCCUCUGUUCUAUUCUCUAGAAAUGCCGCAACAGAUCGACUUCUUCCAACAUCCACCAUGGACGGAAUCCAGCCGCGAUCCGCCAUCUUCGUCGGGUUAACACAACACUCAUGGAGCUCGACAGAACCUGCCUUCCUCUGUUCAGUUCAGUCCUCCUUUUGUUCUUUAGGAUUCACACACGAUCUAUACAAAUUUAGUUAUAUUUGUUUCUUAUUUUGCUCCCAUUUCUGUUUCUGUCUUCGUCGUUAGAAAUUGAAAUGAAAAGAAGAUUGAUUCUUCUUCGAUAGAUUGAAUUAUAGGAACCCUGACUUCAAUUCUACUGUGUUAAUUGACCUUCGAUAGAUUGAGAAAUGAAAGCGACAGAAAUAGCAUCAGCUUUCGUUAUCCGCUGAUAUGUAUUUCCUUGUAUCCGCAGCUUCAUCGAGGAGAGAGCAAUGUCUUCGUAUUGGGUAUGCCUACCUAUCACUGUGACCUAACGAUUAAGGCACGAAGAGGGCGACGUAUUACACACCAAGUCUCAUUCCACUAGUCCUUUGGAUGCCAGGCAUGAUUCAUGAUAUAGACUCCGAUGCUCGAAACACAACUCUCGAAUCAAACUCAAAAUCCACUAAAUGUGAGACUACGCCAAGUUGUGAUCAGGUACAAGGACGGUGAACAUGACGUAUUGGCGUGCGUGUGUAUUUUGUUGUGCAGUGGGGCGUGUAUUAUAUAGUUUCUUAUUGCCUCUUGCAUCAUCGUAGGG